GCACUCCCCCAAAACAAUGAAUAAAUAAAACGCUUUAGUUAUGCCUAAAUUUUAGACAUGGUUAGAAAAAAAAAUCAAAGGUUCAGGGAGGUCUGUGUGCAUGGUGGCACCCUUUUCUCACGUGGACGCGCAGAGGUCCAAGGUCUUGCGACGUCACGGUCGGGGGCGCUUUUGUUUUGUGCCCUCCUCUCAGUGCAGCCAACACAAGUCGAAUGAUCAAGCCAGGAACGGGACGCUCUCCUCCCUCUCUGCCUCACGCAUGGUGGAUUUCCUCUUCAAUGCCUCUUUCUUGGAUGAUAUGGGGGAUCAUUCCAAAAAGAAAUCAGGAAUUGCAAUGUGCGUGGGCUGUGGGAGUCAGAUACACGACCAGUACAUCAUGAGGGUUUCCCCGGACCUAGAGUGGCAUGCAGCCUGCCUCAAGUGUGCAGAGUGCAGCCAAUAUCUGGACGAGAGCUGCACUUGCUUCGUCCGAGAUGGAAAAACUUAUUGUAAAAGAGAUUAUGGAAGGUUAUUUGGCAUAAAAUGUGCAAAAUGCAACACGGGCUUCUGCAGCAGCGACUUGGUAAUGAGAGCACGGGAAAGUGUGUAUCACAUGGAGUGUUUUCGGUGCUCCGUGUGCAGUCGACACCUUCUACCCGGGGACGAGUUCUCGGUGCGGGACGACGAGCUGCUGUGUCGGGCCGACCAUGCCCUGUUGCUGGAUCGGACCUCCGGAGACAGCCCGCUAAGUCCUGGAAACAUUCACGGCAGACCCCUGCACAUUUCUGACACAGUCUCCGUUCGGCACCAAUCACAUCACCGGAACCACAUUCACAAGCAGUCCGAGAAGACCACCAGGGUCCGGACGGUGCUGAACGAGAAGCAGCUCCACACGCUGCGGACGUGUUAUAACGCCAAUCCGAGGCCCGACGCCCUCAUGAAGGAGCAGCUAGUGGAGAUGACCGGCCUGAGCCCCAGGGUCAUCCGAGUUUGGUUCCAGAACAAACGCUGCAAAGACAAGAAGAAGUCCAUUCUGAUGAAGCAGCUGCAGCAGCAGCAACACUGUGACAAAACGAACCUGCAAGGCCUUACAGGAACCCCCCUGGUGGCUGGCAGCCCCAUCCGCCACGAUAGCAGCGUGCAGGCCAACUCGGUGGAGGUGCAGACGUACCAACCACCGUGGAAAAGCCUCAGUGACUUUGCCCUGCAGAGUGAUCUGGAUCAGCCCGCCUUCCAACAACUGAUGUCUUUUUCCGAGUCUGGCUCGUUGGGGAACUCUUCGGCCAGUGACGUCACCUCGCUCUCGUCUCAGCUUCCGGACACACCGAACAGCAUGGUACCGAGUCCAGUGGACACGUGAGGACUCGAUCACGGGACUGGACGCCAAAUAACACAAGACUUAAGCCACAAUAAACAAUCACAAGAUAUUGCUGCUGGAUUUACUCGAGAGGAUACUGAACGAGCCCCAUUUUCCCCCUUUUUGAUGUUGCUCAAGGGAC